AUGAAACUCGCGCUCGUACUCGUCUCGGCCGUCCUCGCUGGGUGCGUGACCCCCACGUCCCACGCACAGGACGCGGUCUGGCGACCGACAGCAGACGCACAAGCACGUGCGGUGCCUGGCGAUGACCACCACGUGCGCCAACUGACCUCAGCCGUACAGCGAUACUUGCAGCUCAAUGGCAGUGCGGGUAGCGAAUCCGGCCCCAGUACUCCUGCGUCCACUCCGUCGCAGGGGCCGCCGUCCACACCGACCGACAGCUCGCCGAGCUCAACUCCGACGCCCUCACCAGAGCAGCCGAGUACCCCACCACCAGACGUGCCGCCGUCGCCAACGCCCAGUACCCCUCCCAGUACCCCUCCGAGUACCCCUACGAGUACCCCUCCCAGUACCCCUCCCAGUACCCCUCCCAGUACCCCUCCCAGUACCCCUCCCAGUACCCCUCCCAGUACCCCUACAACACCGGAAGCGCCGUCGCCGCCUACUACUCCGGACACUCCUCCCGCAAGUACACCGACGCCACCGGCGACGACACCCAACGCGCCCGACGCGCCGUCGUCAGAAGAAGCACCGGCUCCGUCUGUGCCGGACGCAACGAGCUCGACGAAUCCGUCCGAAGGAACACCACCUGCUCCACCCACCGAGUCUCCGACUGCGCCUCCUCCAGGUACGCCUCCGUCAGCUGCGCCAACAGGUUCGACCCCGUCGUCGCCAGCAGUACCUUCCGCGGGGCUGCCGACACCUGAUGGUAUGGUAAACACGACAACAACAAGUUCCGGCUCGUCGUCGGCUGCUGAGGGACCCGCUUCGGACACGUCGAGUGCGUCGAGCAUGAGCUCCGGUGUGGUCAUUGGCAUAGUCGUGGGCAUUGUCGUUGCAGUCGCUAUUAUGGCCGUCAUCGUCAUGUGCAUCAUUCGUCGUCGACGCGAGAUCGAAGACGACCCCCUGUCGCCCUUUGAGCUGUCGAUGGACAAGGGGUUCAACCCCACACCAGUGGGUUUCACGGGCCAGAACUCGCACAAUCCACGCGCGAUGGGAGCUGGCAACGGAUUGAUGAACAGCACAGAGACACCGCCUGCUGGGACGGUCACAGCAGGCGGAGCUUAUGCUCAGUUUUAUGACAAUUCCGUCACGUCCCCGGGCUCAGCGAACCGAUUGGAUAUCAAUGUGGACUCGACACAUAGUGACGGUGGGCAGAACAUUGCCGCUAAUGGCACGAAUCUAUGGCUGAGUGCAAUGGAACCCAAGGACAACGACUCGUACCUGAGCGCUCAGGAGUCGCCACGCUCCUCACGUGGUAGUAGUUGUAACAGCUACGAGAUGUCGUCUGGCUUGAGCAUUGACGUGGAUCAGCGCAGUCAGCUUAGCGGGCACAGCAAUAAAGGCAGCGAUGAGUUUCCGGACCACCACGACGACAACGACUCUGCUCGUGGCUCGUACGAGCUCUAG